AUGGCCCCGAUGGAGGACAUGCUGCUGCCCCCGGGUUGGGAGGAUCUGGAUAGACAAAUGGGCCAGCUCUUUAUGAUGGGCUUUGAUGGCACCACGGUCACCCCACAGAUCCGCUCGCUCAUUGAGGACUACCAUCUCGGCUCCGUGCUGCUCACGGCCAAAAAUCUCAAAUCCGCUGAGGAGACAACCCGGUUGGUCCUGGAACUGCAGACGAUCGCCCGUGAUGCUGGCCAUCCGGUCCCAUUACUGAUCGCUCUGGAUCAAGAGAAUGGCGGUGUCAACAGUUUAUAUGACGAAAUUUAUAUACGCCAAUUUCCCAGCGCCAUGGGCAUUGCGGCGACGGGGUCCAAGUCGCUGGCUCAUGAAGUGGCAGUUGCAACCGCGCAGGAGCUCAAGGCUGUCGGGGUCAAUUGGAUUCUCGGCCCGGUGCUGGACGUGUUGACCAAUGUGCGCAAUCAACCGUUGGGCGUCCGAACCGCCGGUGAUGACCCCCAGGAAGCCUCACAGUACGGCGUGCAGGUUAUGAGAGGAUAUCAAGAAGCUGGGCUCGUCACCUGUGGCAAGCACUUCCCUUCUUACGGCAACCUGGAGUUUCUCGGCUCGGAUACCGACGUCCCUAUCAUCACGGAGUCACUGGAGCAACUCAGUCUGAGCGCCUUGGUGCCUUUUCGCAAUGCCAUCACCCACGGUCUGGAUGCCAUGAUGGUAGGUGGGGUGUCCAUGUCAUCGGCUGGCAUGAAUGUCAUGCACGCCUGUCUGAGCGAUCAAGUCGUGGACGAUCUUCUUCGCAAAGACCUCGGUUUUCAAGGAGUCGUCGUAUCAGAGUGUCUUGAGAUGGAGGCCCUGACGCACAAUAUUGGUGUUGGUGGUGGCACGGUGAUGGCAAAGAAUGCGGGAUGCGAUGUUAUCAUCAUCUGUCGGUCAUUUCCCGUACAACAAGAAGCUAUCAACGGGUUGAAGCUGGGCGUGGAGAACGGGAUUAUUGGCCGACCUCGGAUUCAACAGUCUUUGCGCCGUGUGCUCAAUCUGAAGGCUCGCUGCACUUCCUGGGACCAGGCAUUGAACCCUCCGGGACUCCUCUCGCUCACCCAGAUGCAACCAUCCCACACCAGCCUCUCCACGCGAGCAUACAACAGCUCCAUCUCAGUCUUGCGGGACAAGCACAACCUUCUUCCCCUGUCAAAUGUUAUCGAUGCCGGCGAGGAACUCUUGCUCUUGACUCCGUUGGUGAAGCCGCUGCCGGCAUCAGCAGUGUCACAAUCGGUGUCAGGAAACAGUCACUUCCCACACGGCUCGGUGUCUUGGGAUCGAACCGCCUCGGUGAUGAGUGGAGAAAGUGUCUUCAAGGAACUCGGACGCUCGCUUUCGCGACAGAGGAGCGGACGCGUGUUGCACACCUCUUACACAGCCAAUGGCGUGCGUCCUAUCCACGAGGACCUCAUCAAUCGGGCGAGUGCGGUUAUCGUGAUCACGGCAGAUGCCAACCGCAAUCUCUACCAGCAGGGGUUCACCAAGCACGUCUCGAUGAUCUGCCAGUCCCAAUACUCUCCGUCCGGGGAACGUCUUGAAAAGCCAAUGAUCGUGGUGGCGGUCAGCUCGCCGUAUGACUUCGCCAUGGAUCCAACGAUUGGGACGUAUCUCUGUACAUACGACUUCACGGAGACGGCACUCCAGGCACUGGUCAAGGUUCUAUACGGCGAUUUGACGCCAACGGGUGCAUUACCAGGAUCGAUUAGUCGCAGCCAGAAGAUCCAUCAGUCACGGCAACAUUGGCUUGUGGAGAGCUGGAACGAGGAGCGGGACGCCAAUGCUUUGGAUGCGUUGUUGGAUACAAUUCGGGGCGAUUGUACUCUUGGCCAACGCUCUGAACUGCUCGGCGUGACCUCCAACAGCUUUCUGCUGCGCCAGGGAGAGAUCGAUGAAGCACACUUUGUGGUGCGCAACAGCAGUACGCAGGCGCUGUAUGGAUUCUGCGCGACCUACUUUUUUCGGUCUACCGGCACCGGUGUCAUUGCCUGUCUGAUUGUCGACCCUGCGCGGCGCAAUCUGUCCAUCGGACACUCGCUGCACAAUCGUGCCAUUCGGACUCUUCUACAGCGCAAAGGCAUGAAACGCUUCCAGCUCGGAUCGCGCCUUCCUGGAAUUUACCUGGGCAUUCCGACGGCGAACCCCGUGGAGCGCAAGCGACUACGGCAGUGGUUCGCCAACCUAGGCUGGAACACAGCGCUGUCGCGUCCUGUCUGCAGCGUAGUGCUGCACAACUUGGCUUCAUGGACUCCCCCAGAUGGGCUGGCUACCAGCCUGCAGAACGCAGAGGUAACCUACGACCUCGUCUACGGUUGGGACUUUGCGCGGGCGAUCCUCGACCACAUCAAGACAACCGCACGUCAGGGAGUCAUCGACAUCUACCGCAUGGCUCUAGGCGGGGCACCCAAUUGCGGCAUCAUCCGCGCAAAGCGACCGCUGGAUGGCGUGGUCCUAGGAAGCGUUGUGAUAUACAAUGAGCGGUCGGCGUUGGCCGAACACAUGCCAGCGCUGCGCGCAGUGCAGACAUCUGUCGGCGGUAUUUCCUCUCCGGUCAUCUCCCCCUACGCGGGAGAAUACGCCACCGUCAUGCAGGGGUUGAUUCUGUUGGCUAUCAAGCAGAUCCGCAAGCUAAAAGCGAAUGCGGUAGUCAUGGAUUGCGUCGACGGCGACGGCAACCUCGACUGUCUAUCCACCAUGGGAUUUACUAUGCUACACAACUUCGAAGAGGUCAAUUGCGACGCCUCCACUUGGACGAUCAUGCAUUCAACCUGA